AAAACAUCUGAUACGGUCACCGACUUCAAGCCCCCCUUUGAAAGGCUAAAGCCGCUGACGAUUGUUCCGCCUUCCCCGCGAGAUUCUGGCUGCCUGAAACCGCCGGCGUUCUCUAAUCGCAGCCAGCGACCUCAGGGUUCAGCUCGUUUCCCGGCCACGAUGAGGGGUUCCGUCAAUCGUCCUCCGACUCCAGAAGCGGAGGACGGCCGGCAGGAUCAGCAUCUCAGCCUGCAAGAAAUUAUCAACAUCAAGUUGGUGGAGAGUGGGGAGAAAGAGCGGUUGAAGGAGCUGUUGAGGGAAAGGCUCAUAGAGUGCGGUUGGAGGGAUGAAAUGAAAGAGCUCUGCAGGUCGUUUGUCAGGAAGAAAGGAAAGAACAAUGUAACUGUGGAGGACCUUAUAAAUGUCAUUACUCCAAAAGGCAGAGCUUCAGUUCCCGAUUCAGUGAAGGCUGAGCUCUUGCAGCACAUUAGAUCUUUUCUUGGAUCAGCCGCUCUGUGAUUAUGAUGGAUCUGUCUGCCAUCGACUUGAAGUCAUUUGAUCUCUGAGAGUUUGGGGAGCUAUUGCUGUAUUCAGUAGUUCUGGGGAUCAUGUCACGAGCUUAAACAUUAAUAAUUGGAAAAAAGCAUGGUUUGGGUUGUACAUUGUAAUAGGAUAGUAUAUUUGCUCUUUUCAGCUUUAGAAAUCGUUUGCCUUGUAAACUGUGGUAUAGGAAAAGGUAUGAAUCAUAUCUUGAACAGUCACUUGACCCUUGAAGAUGUAAUGUAUCAGGUCAUUCGGGGUGAAAAGUCCUUGUACCGGCUUCUGCUCUGUUGCUAUCAUCUCCGAUCAAUAUCGUUUCCUUCUCUCUACCCCUCUCGGAGAGUUCGAACUCUGAACCUAUAAAGGGAAAUACUAUGCUGCUUGCUGUUUGAGUUC